GUAGCCGCUAGAAGGUUCUCUCUCUCUCUCACCCACGGAAGGGCCACUGCUUCCCCAAAAAGGCGAGAGAUGGGGCAGGAGGCGGAUGCGGACGAGCAGCUGCGGCGCCGUCUCCGGCGGGUCUUCGCCGCCGAGGAGCGCUCCUUCCGCAUGGAUCGGCGCUCCCAGGCCGCCACCGCGCUCCGCGCCGCCGUCGCCGACGUGCUCCCCCGCUUCCUCGGCACCUACUCCGACGACACCCUCGCGGAGUACAUUGUAAUUUUAGUUUGUAAUGGGAAACAUCAGUAUCAAGCACGCGAUGAUUUGGAGGCCUUUCUUGGUGAUGAUAGUGCAAAAUUUGUUGCAUGGCUUUGGGGCUACCUAAGCAAAAGGGCUGCAACACUGGCUGAUGAUUCUAGUGUGCAACAUGGGGUGGAAAAUGAGAUUCGGAACUUGAAUGACAAGAAAAAUCUUCUGGUUACAAAAACCCAACCUGGAGAUGCUCGUAUUGUAAACUCGAAGGACCUAACACCGCAAGAGCACAAAGGCCUUCAGAAGCUUGAUUCGAUUAAAGGGCAAAAUGUAGCCCAGCGACGCAUUAGUUCAACUGUUAUUGUUUCCCCUGAAAUGUUGGUUGGUGACAAUGGUUAUUGGGAUGGUCCGCAUCAGAAGAAAGAUUGGAAUUCAACAGAUGGCAGAAGUUCCAUGCGGAAGUCUGGUGUAGCUUCAAAGACUGAACAUGCAUUGACACAAGAGGAACUCCAUGAUGAAUAUCUUGGAGCAAACCCUUCCACGAGGCGUUUGCCUGUGGCCGUGGCAACAGACGAUGGUGAAGUGUCAGAAUCCAUGAAAAGACGCCGCAAUGUUUGGGACAGGCUAGGGAAGCCUGCUGUAGAGGAUCAAGGUUUACCUAGAGAAACUGACAACAUGCAUGUUGAAAAUAGAAUGCAUAAGAAGGCCAAGUUACCGGUUUCUGAGCAUGAACGAAGAACGGAUGGUGAUUUAUUUGACAGAGCAAAUUCUGGAAACUUUUCAAGUAGUUACCCAGAUGUCAAUACAGUACGCGCACAUGAGCACAGGGAGAAGUUCAACAGAAGCAGGUUGAGCGGUCGGUUAGAUUUUGGUGACGUGGAUCGUAACCAUCAUCAAGUUAGAGAUUUUAGUAGCCAGAAGUCUACUCCAACAUUGCCAGUAAAAAAAUUCCAUUCACAAAGUUUGAAUGAGUUCACAUCUGAUGUGAAGAGCUCAUCUGCAGCACUUUCUGAACCAGCACGGCUUGCGAGCAACUCAUUCAAAGGACAUGUAUCAGCAUCUAAGAAUUUUUCUCAGUUAAAUACACGGCUAAAUUCAGGAACCGAUGUUUUGCAAAGUCAGCAAAUUAACAGCCCUGCACAGUCCAAGAGUGGAUCUUCUGUGCGUGAAGAUGGCAGCAGUUACAGUAACAAACCAGUAAAAGAUGAGAUGUUGGAUGUGAAACUAAAGCUAAAGCAGGUGGAGCUGGACAUGCUCAAGCUUCGCUCGAAGCAGGCGCAGAUAAACAAUGGGAAGCAAGGAUCUCUACCAUCAGGUCCCCAUACAAAUUUGGAGGAGGAUGCUGAUGCCAGAACUGUUCUCGUGACAAACGUGCAUUUUGCGGCAACCAAGGAAGCAUUGUCAACACAUUUUAUGCAGUGUGGGACAGUUCUUAAGAUCAAUAUGUUGACAGAUGCAAUUACUGGCCACCCAAAAGGGGCUGCAUAUAUUACUUUUGCUGACAAUGAAUCAAUUGGGAGGGCUAUAUCUUUGAGUGGGACAUCGUUUUACUCUAGAGUUCUCACAGUACUACGGAAAGCAGAUGCACCCCCAGGAUAUUUGGCGCCUAUUCAGCAGAUUGGGAGGCCGCAGGCAUGGAACUCGCCACCAUUCCAGAAAGGGGUGAGUCCUAAGCAGUCCUCUGGUCAUCAUCUCCAGUGGAAACGGGAGCAGUCUGCCAUGGAAAAUUCCCCUGCCAACUGCCCUACUUCUUGAAGAGUCGAAGGCAGCGCUUAACGGCUUAAGAAUCUGGACUCUACCAAUGGACAUAGCCGUAUUGGAUCAGAUAUAGAGAAGAUGGCAUAUUUUGGCACCUCUAUCCUCAGAAUGACACUGUUACUGCUGUUCAAACAUCUGCAGUCUUUAGUUCUACUAGAUUUACUGUUCUUUCUUUCUGAUGAGCGACGAGGAGUUAGAGGGUUCCUUUGCUGCCGGAUUUGGAACUAGUAAAGUGAUAGUAACCUUAACCGAAGCUAUAGAGGGGAUGUUUAAUCGGACAGUCUGUGCUACGUGCCAAACCCAUUUAAAAUAUCUACUGAUUCUCAGCA